AGUGUGCAAGAUUGGGAUGAUAAUGUCAUGCGGAAAGCGCUAGCGUGCGACUGCUUCCAUCAGCGGGCGGUGUGGAUAAGGCAUAUCUGAUGAAAUCUGAAACGGCACGUCGUCACUUCACAAGGCUGCAGCACUACCACCUAACAUCGCAACCUCACUAUCGACACCGGUGCAGCAGCAAUUGAACUGCAACUCGUCUUGUACCUGUGCGCCCCAGCUGUCAUCAAUUCUUCCCCAUCCAUUUGGCUUUGUGCUACGGAUUCGUUUACUCGAUUAGGAAGUGCCACAGAAAACUACUCUUUGAUAUGGCUGGCGGCGGAGACGCUCGACAAGGCCGUCUGGCCGGCAAGAAUGCCAUCAUCACCGGCGCUGCUGGAGGUAUCGGACUCGAGACGACCAUCCUUUUCCUCCGUGAGGGCGCCAAUGUCUUGAUGACGGACAUUUCGGAGGCUGCCCUUGAAAAGGCCAUCGCUAAAGCCAAAGAGCAUGCUCCUUCAGCAAGCGGCAAAGUCGAGAUUGCCAAAGUCGAUGUCUCCAAGGAAGCGGACGUUGAGGCUGCCGUUGCAAAGCUCGAUGCCUGGGGUGGUCUCGAUAUCAUGUUCAACAAUGCUGGUAUCAUGCACGCCGACGACGCUGAUGCGGUCGACACACCUGAGAAGAUCUGGGAUUUGACACAAAACAUCAACGUCAAGGGUGUUUGGUUCGGCAGCAAGCACGCAGUCCUGUCUCUGCGCAAGUACAACAAGACCAAGGGCAGCAUCAUCAACACGGCUUCCGUCGUCGCGCUCGUGGGAUCUGCCACACCACAGCUUGCAUACACAGCUUCGAAGGGAGCUGUGGCAGCCAUGACGCGCGAACUGGCUAUUGUCCACGCACGCGAGGGCUACCGCUUCAACUCGCUCUGCCCGGCUCCUCUGAACACUCCACUCCUGCAGGACUGGCUUGGUGAUGAUCAGGCGAAGCGCCACCGCCGCGAGGUCCAUUUCCCCUCCGGUCGAUUCGGCGAAGCCAUCGAGCAAGCACAAGCCGUUCUCUUCCUUGCCAGCGACGAAGCUAGCUUUGUGAACGGGCAUGACAUGGUCGUUGAUGGAGGCAUGACCAAGGCAUAUGUCACUCCAGAGGGCCCAGCAACUCAGCCACCAAGCAACUUGGCGAGGUAAACGCCUCUAUCAACGUGUACUUCCUUUCAUCUCAUCUGAGGUCUCUUUUGCAUUGGGAGGAGAAUUGUGACUUCUUCCGCGAUGAGUUGAUACACUGAUAGAACUUGGAUCUUCAUGAUAGUGCAGCCUGCAGCUUCUAAAUGUACUGAGCUUCUACUGCUCUUUCAAACUU